AAAAUGUUGUAUAAAUAUGCAUGUAGAAUCCCUGAAAGUGGACAUCUUUUUUUUUAUUAAAUCAUCAAUCAAGUUAUUAUUACUUAUAAUCCAACUUAUACAUUCGCUUAUUAAAUAAAAAAUGCAAUACUCCAAAUUAUUAGCUGUUGCUUCUCUUCUUGUUGCUAGUGUUAACGCUUACCCAGCUGACAACUUAGAAAAAGUCGCUGGUUUCAAAGGUGGUUACAAAAGAGAUAACGAAUUAGAUAACAGAGACUUAGACUGGACUUCUCUUUCUUCUGAUUCCGAUUUAGAAGAUGGUUUAGCUCUUCUUCCAUUGGUUAUUCCAUUCAUUCUUACCAAGAUUGAAGGUGGUAAAACCUCUGUUGUUACCAGUACCUCCACCACUGUAACCACUGUUCCAGAAAGUGAAACCCAAAGUGUUGUUACCGUUACUGCUCCACCUCAAACCGUUAGUGGUCCAGUUGUUACCGAAACCGCUACUCCAUCUUCUGCUCCAGUUUCUUCUCCUCCAGUUGAAACUUCUGCUCCUGCAGUUCCAGUUCCAGGUAACUCAACUGUUACUUCUUCUUACACUUCAAUUGUUACUGUUACCCAAUGUGAUGAACACAAAUCUUGUAGCCCAGUUGUUUCAACUACUACUAUUUGUCCAGAAGAUGAAGUCACUGUCUCUUCCACCAAAACUGAUUUAACUACUUACUGUCCAGAAAGUAGCACUCCAGCUACUUGUACUGAAGAAGUUUGCAAGACUUCUGAAGUUCCACCAGUUGCUCCAAGUUCUAAGACUGAAACUGAAACUUGUACUGAAGAAGUUUGCAAGACCUCAGAAGCUCCAAAAUCAUCUCCAGUUGCUCCAACUUCUAAGACUGAAACUGAAACCUGUACCGAAGAAGUUUGCAAGACCUCAGAAGCUCCAAAAUCAUCUCCAGUUGCUCCAACCUCUAAGACCCCAGACACCGAAUCAACCGUUACUGAACAAUCUACUUCUACUCUUGCUGGUGAAAGUAGUACUCCAGCUGAAGUUUCUUCUUACGAAGCUGGUGCCGCCGGUAAAAUUGCUCCAUUCGGUGCUGCCUUAGGUGCUCUUGCCGUUGCCUUAUUGUAAGUUGACUAAAUAACUUUACAAAAGGCAAAUGCAUCUGGUAUUCAUUUGCCAUUAGAAGGUUUAAGGACGUUUUUAUUUCUGAUUCAAAAAAUUAUUUUAUUUUCGGUAUAUCAUUUUUUAUUUUUCAAUUCUUCAUAAAGGAUUACUUAAAUUUUUCGGUCUAAAUACUUUUUUCAAAUCUUAUGUACCAAGUAUAUAGUUUAUAAUACCAAA